GACUCCAGUAUGGAGGCUGACGUAGGGAACUGGGAGAGGCGGGGCUUGUAGUCGGUGCUGAGUCUCCAGUGUAUCACCGGCAGAGCCGCGCUGUCCGUCUUUCAUUCAUCACCGGAACUGUGCAGCUCUAGCAUCAGCCGUGGUACAGUCAACCAUCCUGUCUCCUCCGACCAAGGACACCGCCGCCGGUCAUCAUCCGCGGCGGGGCUACGUGGGAAAAAUGGAGCCUGCUAUCGUGCAACAGAGUGAUAUGCUAAUGUGUUUGCGUCAACAUGGAGCCUACUGGUAUGAAGCACUGGAGCCAAGGAUCUACCCAGAAGACAUGAAUGAUUUUGGUGUCCAUGUUCUCAUCACUUGACCAACAGGAUAAUCUACUGACAACAUGUUAUUUGAAGAUGAAGAUUGACACCAGCCUGACUAUGCCCCAGCUCCCAGAGGCCCUGUCCCACACAGGCCUUCAGUUUGCUGUAGCCACUGAGGAGGACUUUGAAGAAAUCAUGGCUAUGAGCCAGGACAUCUAUGGAGGCCUUGACUACCUUCCCACCAGAUACACCAGCUGGCUGCAAGAAACCAACCGUAUAGUGAUAUUGGCCCGCAAACAGGGAAAAGUGAUUGCUCUGGAGUCAGUUUGUGUGAUUGAUGACGGGGAGACUAUGCUGGUGGAAGGUCUUCGUGUUGCCCCUCAGGAAAGAGGAAAGGGUGUGGCAGGAGUUCUGCUGCGUUUCUGCUCUGAACUGGUCAAAUCCAAGUACCCAGAGGUCAAAGUGAGCCGCCUGACCCGUGAUGAUCAGCUUGGACCUAAGGACUUCCAGAAGUAUCGCAUCAUAACUAAGCAGGGGAUUCUGCUGGUGCGCUUCAGAGCUGAAGACCUCAAGCUGCGUCUGUCUGAACUUGGCCUGGGUGGAGACAUCCACUCCUCUAUGUCCUCCUCCCCCUCCAUUAUUCCACCAGUGCGACUUGACCAUACAGCUAUCCACCGACUUUAUCUAACCACUGACCUGAUGCAGGGGGUCCUUCCUAAUGCCACCAUCAUUCAAGACUGGCAGCCAUUCAAGCCAUUGCCCAGCAACAUGGCCAUCCUUCUAAAGAAGGACAUUGACUGGAUGGUAGAUGAUGUAUCCAAUCCUACUGUGGCCAGCCUUUGCACCUUCCCUUUCAGGGUGCCCAUUGGAGAUGACUGGUAUUACCUGAACAUUGACAUGUUUGGUAAAGACCUGAACUUGGCUCGGCAGCAGUUCUUGUGCCACCUGCAGCGCCACACUGCAACCCUGAAGGGUCAUGUGAUGUGCCAGAUGUUCUUGGACCCACCACUUUGGAAGUCGAUGGCUGAAUUCUGCAACAACACCUUGAGUGUGGAGCUGGUGAAAGAGUACACUGAGCAAUGCGUGGUGGAGUCAGAUGUCGUCUAGUUUCAGAGGGUGCAUGGAAAGGAGCAGAAGGUGAGGGGGCAAGAAAGAAAUGAGACAAGGGUCUUGACAACAAAAAUGGACAUAAUUCAUUUCCACAUCAUAAAGAAACACAACCCUCUGUAUUGAGGAGAUAGAAACCAUACAAACAAAAUGUAGUUUUUACAAAACAAAACUCCUAAGAAUGCAGUAAAUUUCGUUUAACAAAUACAGAAACAAAUACAUAGCAGGCACAUAAAAUCAUAAACACAUCACCCAAUCAGCUACAAUUGGGAUGUGACAAACACUUAAUUUGUAAAGAUCCUAGUAUUCAAUUGACAUUAGAAAGGUACAGAUCUAAGGCUAUAGUUAGGAGGCAUUUUUAAUAUGUUGUGUCCCCAAAAUACAUAGAGUGGACAUGAAAUAACAUAACUACCUCUUAGUAGAGGUCUAAAAUGGACCUGCAGAAAACAUAUGCAAACACGCUGUUUAUUUUUUUUUUUUUUAAAAAGAGGAGAGACCCAAUCUGAGAGGGGCCCAAUUUGAGUCUCCCCAGGGAUAAUUUGAUUAGUACUGUCAAGAGAGCCUUCAAUUGGUCAACAGUGAUUUUUUUUUACAACAGGGUUCUUCAAAGUUGAACUGUACAUCAAAGACCCUACAUGUGAAUUCAGAGUCAUCCUGUUGCAUUGAAAGAAAAUUAAUGUCAUUGUGAAAAAAACACUGAUUUGAGUGGGCCUGAUUACAAUCCAAUGGAACAAUUUCAGUUCAAUUCAAUUUUUAUCUAUACAGCGCCAGUUACAGGUCAAAUUGUCUCAAGACGCUUUACAGAACCCAUAUUCCUGAACAACAGUACAAUUAUCGCCUAAACAAUUAUCAUGUAAUUUAUUAAUCAUCUAAUUAGCUUAGCUUGAAUUGAUACUUUAUUAUAGUGAUGACAGGUGUUACUGAUAUUUGGUACACUGGUAACAGUGACGUAAUCUAAAAAUAGUGCAAACAUGCAAAUGCUCUUCUUUGAAGAAAACCAAUGGAAGUACCCCUAGGGCAUCAAACCUUUCAAUUCUGCUCUUUCUGUAAAUAUGGCACUUCUAAAUAUGUACAAAGGCUGAGUUGGGUUACUGAAUCUGCACAACUCUAAAGGCACUUUAUUUAAACUACACAGACAGGUUAGAAUGAAAAGGAACAGUUCAGGAUCAAAUAGGAGUAAUUUACGGAUCCCAUCACUUUACUCUUGAUGGGUGCAUUUUAACUAGCAUUACCUUUGGACUAUCAACAACAACUAUCUGCAUACACAGUGAAAUAAACAUGCUCAGACACAAAAUGUCUGACAGUUUAUCUUCUGUUAUGGUCAAGUUUAUGUCUUAGCUUUUUUCUUUUUUAAUUUCAAAUCUUUGACUGUAAAUAUAUAUAUGUGUUAUAUAUUUAAUAUUUUCACUUAAAUGCUGCAAUAAAAUGAUUAACUUUCUAAGCUGUAAGUGAAACCUAGGGUUACUUUUUUAGAUUCUUAGCAUAAUGCCAAACAAAUGCUAAUGCUUCAAAAUGUUUAAAAGAUGACUGAGCAGUUUACUGGCUGCAUCUAACAAAGGGAAAGGGAGUGUAAUGAAAGUAACUAUUUGAAUUAACUAAAGUAGUGUUACAUGUUUUAAUAAUCUCUAAUAGUAGCAGGCAAAAGCUAUUAGAAAGCAUUCCCAUUGCAGCUAUGUAAGACCAGUGCUAAGAGAAGUUUUUUGCCACAUUAGGACAAAUUAAUUUCUGUUUUUUUUGUCUAAACAUGAACAAAAUAUUGUGGAUUAUAUACAUGGUCAAGGAUGACUCAAUUUUUUGCUCAUCUGACACUUGUCCAUUAAAAUCUGAUCAAAUAUCUGUUGUUUUUGUUUAAAGCUAAUUAUCAAUGUUAGUGUGCUAACCUACUAAACUAAAGUAACGGUAAAAACUACAUCUGCUAAACAUCAUGAGCAAGUUAUCAUGGUUACAUUAGCAUAUUGCUAAUGGACAGCCUGAUAAAACUAUUAGCUUUGCUGUAAAUUUGUUCCUUUGAUUAAUGGCCAUGGUAUAAACACAAUAGACACUGUUGUGUCCUCAUCUAAAAAAUAACAACAUGCCACUUUACAUUCAUUACCUUCCGCCUGCCUGUAGUGCAUUAUUUCCUUGUCCAUUUCCUUUGGCCUGCAUUGUCACCUGCAUAUUAAGUUUCAACUGGAGGUAUCAUAGCAGGCCUGAAAUAUUCUUUGUUAUUUCUCUUGAGAUUAGUUGCGUAGUGGCAUUAAAAUGAUGUCAUAAGACCAUCUUCAUUUUUUAUACUCUCUUAUUCUACUUUUAAAUGCCCAUGUACAGAGUGUGAGACUGCGCAGCUAUCUGAGCCUGAAAUUAGUCUGUUUUUGGAGAUACACUUUAUUUUGUAUAGAACUAUUUUUGUCCCUUUUGCCUUGACCAGCUUUUAUCUUGACUUUGACCUCCUUCUUCCUCUGGUAUGCAAUUUUCUAGGUGUGAGGAUGACUGGGCCUAUUUUUAAAGAAAGAUAGAAAGAGUGAAAUCUUUUAAACAGUUUUUUACAUAACAGAAUUAGAUUAUUAAACAGUCCUCCUUUUUGAAAUUCUGAAUAUUGAGAGUAGCCACACUCUUAUAUAUCCCAGGGAUCAUAAGAAACAUCGUGAACAACUAUCUUUUUAUUCUCUAGUUUGUAACCAAAGAAAAUAACCCCUCAUCUAAACUGAUGGCCUUUUAUUUGCUGCCAGUAGUGAACACGUAGAAAUGGAAGAUUGUAGAAACCACAGCUGUAAUUACGUUUGGUUUUUUUGUGAUUACAGAUCCAAUAUUUAGUGUUCCUAGAAAAACAUAGCCCAAGCUGUAUUCUCAUGAUUAUGAUUUUGAGGUGAUAACCAUGUUUAUCGGCUAACACAGAGCAGACUGCCGCUAACAUUUCAGACUAGCUGUUAACAUCAGUAGUUAUCAGGUUUACUCAAGGGAUGAGUGGAACCUAAUGAUGUGGAAGAAGUAAUAACCCUGGAUUGACCUCAGGUUUGGUGUAUGGCCAUAUAAUUAAACACACAUUUAGUCCAUAAAAUCAGCUGUAAUAAUGGAGGUUUAAAACUAGAUUUUAUGGGCAUUUAAGGUAAUGGCAGAUAAGGUAGUAAAUCGAGAUCCAUCCUCUCAUGUCAGUUAAUAUUGUGUUUUGGUGGCUCUGUUUUCUGGCUUCCCCUCCAAAUGUUGGGAAAUAAAUUAUUUGAUUAGGUAACUAAACUAAAUCGAUCAACAAAACUGGUUGCCACACAAUGAAUGUGGAGAUUCUGGGGCCAAUCAAAGGUCUGGGGUUGCAUGGAAGUUGACUGUUAGUAAUCCAGCCUUAAGUCUAAUGCAGUAAAUGUCUGUGCAAUGUAACAAUAAUAUUUAAUUCCACUGUGUUAUUUACAAUAUUAUCAGACAUGAAGGAGCUAGUUCUGACUUUAAGCCAAGUUUUGGAUUUAUUGUAAAUCUAAUGCUUGGCUUUCAGGCUAAGGCCUGUCUUCAUCACAACAGUUUGGCACAACACUACUGAAUCUGUGUGUUGAUCUUGCAUUCCAUCUUACCCUCACUUGUCAACAAGACUCUACAGGGUGUCUCUAAAGUCUGGACACAUAGGAAAUUUCAUUAAAUAUAUUUUUGUUAGCCUCCACAGAUUAAACAUGACUUUUUUGAAAGAAGAAAGAGUUGAACUGGUAAUUCUCAGUGGACGUGAAGGACGGACAUAUCGAAAGAUAGCAGAUGAAUUUAAUGCAUGUCAUUCUACUUGGCUUUUCCACAGUGGCGAAGAUGGUUAAAAAGUGUACAAAAAUGGGCAGUGUCAUGGACAAACCCCGUUCUGGAUGACCAAAUGUAUCAGUCAAAACGAAAGAAUUGGUCAUGCUAAAAUUCAUGCUAGGCCCCAAAAAUCACUUCCCUAGCUGUAACCUUAAACUUAACCUUAAACCUAACCUUAUCUUUCGAUAUGUCCAUCCUUUCUUCUAUCGACUAUGCAAUAUUUAAUCUGUGGAGGCAAAGAAAAUAUAAUGAGAUUUCCUAUGUGCCCAGACUUUAGGGACACCCUCUAAUAUAACUGAAUUCAAGUUUUUUUGUCGGCAGCUACUAUAAUUUGGAAUCAGCCACUCACCAUUUGCUAGUCACAUACCGUGACUUUCAACUUGGAGAUGUCAAUUGCAGACAUACACAUCCAAGUAUAUAUGUUGGCUAUUUUUGUCAAAUAAUCACAAACAGUCAUUUUGUUAGAUUAUGGUAAUUUUAUAGUCACAAAAAAGAUUUCCAAUUUCAAGACAGUAAGAUAAUUUUCUUGUGAUUCCACGAAAAGCUCUUUAAAACAAACAAUAAUUACGUUAACCUAUGUGCUCUACUCCUUUCUUUAUGAAGAUGAUGUCGAGGAAGAUAUAAAUUUUAAAUGCCUUCAUUUGAUGAUGAAGAAAUGUACAUAUGCAGCCCGUCUACACCCCCAAACACACGCACAUUACCAAGCAGCACUGAACAAGCUGAGUAGUCUUUGAAAUAUAAUUAGCUGGAUGUUUUCCUCACAAUCAAAUAGCCCCUGUAUUUAAUUUAAAAUAACGUAAACCUUAAUCCCAAUUCAGCAAAUAGAGGCAUCCCAGACAAAUAAAUGCAUGAACAAAUUUUUGUUGUCUUUUGUCCUGAUAAUUUAAAACAUGUGUGAAUACUGUACAUUUGGCUGGAAAAGUCACCUGAGCUUGUGUCAUACCCAAAUUAAGACUUAAUGCUGACAUUUGAAUGGUCAUAAAGCUUAUGGUAGCUUCAUUCUGAGGAAACUACUAAAGUAGCCAGUUGUGAAUUUAUCUCAGAAAACCUGUCCUCUUAUCACUGAUCGUCUCACUUUAAAAAAAAUAAAUAACAUGUGUAUUUUCAAUGUUCAUUCAAUGCGCUCUGUUGCCACUUUACUUUUAAAAACCAUUUCAGCUUGAGUUGCCUGCUUCAGUCCUGACAUCAUCAGCGUCACUGCUAGAUCUGGUCUCAAGAUUAUUUGUGCCGUUUAGGGCCUGGGAGGUGGUAAUGGGAUGGGUGGGGGGUCACUUUACAUAGUAAGGUCUUUCAUUAUUAUAGAGAGAAACCCAACAACCCCCUACUGAUAAAUGCAGUCCUUCAGUUUUGCCAUUGAAAGACCUUUGCAUUGGGCAUACUGACAUACAUAUAUAUCUUCCCCCUGGAUCGAUAACUCAAAAUUAUUACCUUCUAACCUUUUAUAAAUCACCCUUUAAUCUUAAUGCACUAUAUGUAAACAGACACUGAGUUGUAUCAAUAACACCAGUAUCAUUUCUCUUCCUAUUUUUGCAUCUUCCCAUAAAGUUGACCCAGUCAUCAUCACAUGAACUGAAGCAUCUUGGGAAUGCUUUUAUUAUGGCCUACCAAGCAUUUUAAGCUCUUUGAUAUUUACAUGCAAAUGAAUCUAGCAGAAGCUGUCAGUAAGUUGCAUUUCCACAUCUUUGCCUUGUUAAUGAUCCAUAUAGUUCAUUACAUAGACAAGUGUUAGAUAUACUUGCUUGUAGAGUUUCACUUUUCUAAAAACCUCCGCCAAAGGUUAAGGUGCUUCUACAAACCUCUGAAGUCUAUAAAUUGAAGUGCUUCACUCAUUAAAAAAAGGUUUCUGCCACUGAGUUCUGCAGAUUGAGAUCAAUCCAACAAAUGUGGUUUGAUGAGUUUUAGUGAUCACCAUUUUGAAUGUGAUCAAAGAUACUAAAUAUUGUCCUAAAGGGAAAAGAGCAUUCAAACAAAGUUUAACAGUUUUCCUGCAGUAUUUCAAGGAUGAAAUUAUUUGUUCUCUGCCUGAUGCUCUUCUGCUUGGCCCCCAGACUUUGAAGAACCUCUAUUUUGGAGUGUGGAAUUGGAGUGCAGUGUGGUUUGAAUGGUAUCAAACACACAGCCCAACAGAAUAUGUGAUUAACCCUUUUCGAUUCAACGUUUACUUAAGAGAUGCUUUUUAAAAGGUUACAAAUAGUAAGUAGUGUCUUUAGUAUAGCUCAGUAAUAUGCUUAAUAAGGAGAUUGUUUGGUGUCACAUAACAGCUAAACAACCAUUUAACUAAACACAGAAUUAAACCUUUUCAUUGACAUUUUUGUAAGUCAUGUUUAGUAAUGGGUUAACAAGUUGUAGGCCAAUAAAUAACAAGGCUGUGGUGCUCCUUUUCUUUGCUUAGGUCCGCAGAGGUGUGAAAUGGUUAUGGGUUAUUGUUAAAAAAUUAUGAGUAUGACUGCUUUCUGACCUGUCAGUGUUUUAGUUAUAGUUUAGUUAGGGUUGGGCACUGGUUAGUGUUCGGGACAGACUGAAGUUUGGGGUGAAAACAGCUACUUUGAUAAUGCUAGAGAGGUGAGAAAUAACAGUGCAACAAUGGUGACAGGUGUUAGACACUUUAUUGACCCAUCGUCUACCAGAGUUCAUCCCUAUGACACAAUAUUAGACCUUUAGCCACAACUUAUUAAAAAAAAUGUUAAAAUUUGCCACUACCAUCUAAUAAAAUGUUGUUUAUGAAAGGUUAUGGUACCAUAUGUACAGGUGGCAAGAGCACAAAAGACCAGGAUGUACCAUUCAGGGAUACUCUGACACAGAGGAUCUAUUAGAUGAUGACGAAAAUAAAACAAAGCAUUUUUGCUAAUGAUAUCAAAUAUAUGAUUGGCUUUAACAUCAAGUAGAGCCCUCAGAUCGCAUUAAUCAGGGAGAGUAUCGUCAGCUGUGGAGUCACUGUGUUUUCAGAAUUCCCAGAGAGCUGGAGACCCUUGCUUACUUUAGACUUGUGUUUACGGUAAAUUGUGUACAAAUAUACAAUAUGUUCAAUAUGCACAAUAUUUUUUCACUGAAUGUGGAUGGAUGGUGGGUGCUCAAGGAAGCUCAAAGAAGUGCCAAAUUUCAUGCUAAACUGCUAAACCUUUAUGUUUGUCAAUUAAAUUAGCAGAAAAAAAAUACCCAGCAAAUUUUGAGUAAAUUUUUAAAACUUUUUUUUUUUCAAUAUGAACCUUAGUUGAAAAUUUAUCUAAGUUAAAUGUGUGUCUUUCUUCUAGCCAGUGGCCCUACAGCACAUAAACAAAAGUCAAAGUUAAUAUCAUUGGUGGUUUAAUGUGACGAUGAUUUGAAUUAUUAUUGAAAUAUGUUUUUGGGUUACUUAUAGCACUUUGAAAAAUAUGAUGAUUGUAUACUUAGUAUACAAGUGAAUAAACUGCUAAUACAUUGUGCUGCAAACCCUAUAGGUAUUAUAGGGUUAACUAUAACAUUAAUGUAUGUUUUAUUGAAUUACUGUACAAGCCAUUGAGUUAGUGGGUAAAGCAGCAUGCACUUUAGUUGUCUCUGGCAAUAAUAGAUAAGCUCCCAUCUCUUGUAAAGUAGCAUCAACUUCAAAGAAACACAAAUGUUCUCGUUGUACAUUUUGAUGUUCAGAAAGAGUCAUCAAGUUUCAUGUAAGAUCGGUUCUGUCAGUUUGACAAUGUUGCUUCAAAACUGAAUCAUUUCACGAAAGACGUGUAGAGCAUUUUGUACAUCAGUACGCAGUGGCAUGAAAAAAGAAUCCUAAUUUUGUUCUCAGAACAGAUGAACAAUUUAACAGAAUGGGGUGGUGAAAUGGCGAUGUGCUGAAAGAGUAAUGCAGGUUUGGGUUAGUUAAACCAACAGAUAAAAAGUUUUCCGUACAUUUAGUAUAGUACUUCAUGUGAGUAAUUUCAUUUUGUGAGACCUUCAGAGAAAACUGUUGUCCUUUUUACUCCAUUCCAUUAACAGCUGUAGUAACUAGUUACCUUGAAGACUAAUGUUGUUAUGAGCAAAAUAUAAAUAAGAUGCACUACUAGAGUUUAAACUAGUCAGUGUGACAAAUGUGUAGGCUUCAAAGAUAAUUUUAUUUUGAUAUGCACUUAGUGAUGCGAACCUUUAUCUCUGUACAUUAAAUCUUUCUCUGUGCUUCAUUUGGAGUGAUUGCUUUAUCAUGGCUUGAUUGAUAAUGCCGUGGAGCUCCAGAAGGUGAGACAUGAACAAGCAUUCCUCAUUUGUUCUGUUUUAAGUAAAGACAAAUACUGAGUCUGUCCUUUCUUUCAUUUUAUUUUUCCUUAUUUAAAGCAGUUGUUCAAGAUUUAUGAAACACUCUUAUUAGCUUUCUCUCUGAGAGUUAGCAGACAGUUGAUAUCAGGUUCUUGUCUGUGUCUUAAAGAAAUAGUUCAACAUUGCAGUUAUACUCUUAUAUGGUUUGUUUUUGAGAGUGAAAUGAAAAAAGUGACAUUAAUCAAAUGUUUGUAUAUUGGGUCAGGAGCUUGAGUCCACAUGUGGUUAGCCUAGCUUAGCAUAAAGAUUACCAACAGAAUAAGAUCUAGAAGAAUGUCUGCAAAUGCCACUUCAUGGCUUUAGGAGGAGUUGUGUGCUGAAAUAUACAUGACUAUGUCCUGUUCUUGGAAUAAUAGUUUAUUGAUCCUCCAAGCAGGCUACAUGGGUUGCCAGAUAUGAUCAGUGAGCACAGGCUGUAGUUGUGGGCUCUGUACUGGCAGCCUUUCUGCGAUGGAAAGACCUCAGGAUGCAGAUGUUGUUUGAAGAAACAGUUCCAGCCCAAAGCUCCUUCUGAAAUCAAAGUUUGUCUUUUGAAAACACAGAAGUUGAUAUCCGUCUGACUGUUCAUCUUCCUCACGGAAAGAUGGUUAAUAUUUAUGAACUAUGAAAAGCUAAAUGUAGGACUAUUCCUUUAAGAGUUUAAUACCAGCAGUAUGUGAAAUGAGAAUGAAAUACUUACAGUGUGACACAUUAGACCUUAUGCGACAGGUCUAUAAAAUCCAUGAGUACUUGUACUUCUUAUAUUUUACUACAUUUGACUUUAAAUACUUUUACUUACAUAAACUCAUAAGUGCAGUAUUCUUACAUUGUGGUACCAAUAGCUUUACAUAGUGAUAAAGGACUUAAGACCUUUUUCCAUUCUGUGACUACCUAUUAUAGUUUUAUCAUAGUUUUCUUUACUAUAGUCUGAUAUGACAAUAUUUUGUAGUACUGCUCUGAGACUGACGUAGAAUUAGUAUUUGUAGAAAUUAUUCUUGUUAACGUAUCAAAAAAUUUUAAGUCACUGAGAAAACUGCUUCAGAUUCACAAAUUCACACAGUUCUAUUUUUGCUACAGCUGUUGCAGAAUGAAUGUGGAGCACAUAUUCACUCAGUUCAUCAGAGCAGCAUACCUUUUACCAUCAAUACAGAAUAUUGACUGUAUACAUGUGUAAUGUGUGCAUGUACGAGGUAAUGUAUUGUAUUGGCCACAUCAAAAAUCUGUCAUAUUUUCAUGUAAACCUAAAAAUAAUUAGUAAAUUUGACAGAAACAUUGAAAAACACGAGGUUCUGACAGUCAAAAUAAAAAAUUGUCUGUACAAAUGUCAGAUUUCCUUGAGAUGGAUCGUUUCAAUGUGUAGCUGAUCAUCUCAACAUGCCCUUGUUCAACUAAAUCAACGUGCAGUCAUUGUUCACCAAGCUUUCCAAAAGAACAUUAAAAUUGUAUCAGCUGAGAUAUUGUAUUGGCCUAAUCAAGCAGAUUUGAGUACAGACUAAAAAAUAUUGGUGAGAAAUUUAAUAUAUUGUCAUUAUUGACUGCUGUAGUGUCACAAAAACCAAAGUCAGAAACAGUCUGCACGUUGCAACGGUGGCAGUAGGAGGAAGUAAUACCCAAUGCAGCAAAAAUGUAAAGACUGCUGACAACAGCAAUUAAAGAAAAAAGAUGAAAACCAUGGAAAGGAUGGCUGAUAACAAUGUAACUUAAAUCUGCAUACAUACAAAUUUAAAAUACCAUCUGAGAAGCCAAAGGUAGAUUUCAACUAAUGAGCGAAGGCAGUUACUCUGGCUUUCUUCUUAGUUUCAUACCUGCUUCAUACUUGCUAUGACAAAACAAGCUAUCCCCAGGUUCUCCAACCUCUCCAGCCAUGUGAAAGAAUGGGAGCUUUUCAUUACAACCAACAUUGCUGUAACCCUGAUUAACACUGGCACAUUACUCCUGAGAACUGUUCAUACGAGGUUCAUGCAUGCAAACGGCUUUGAUUUUGUGGCUAAAAAAACAUCCCUUCGACUGGUGUGGAUGUGUUUCUACUCAACUGUUCAAACUAUUUAAACUUAGAGAACAAAUACAUCUACCAGGAAAAAACUGGUGAAGCGAAGAAGGAUAACUGAACUGUGUUGUAAGAUUUUGUAACUCAACAUUUUUCAUUUAGGACAGCACACUGAUGUUCCUCGAAACUUUCUCAAAGUUUUCUCUUGUAUUGUGAGUACACUGCUGGUCAUUGCUUACUUUUUUGAUAUGAACUAUGUUUGCUAAUGUAACCUUGGCUUACAUGUACACUUCCAUUCAAAGGUUUGGGGUCACCCAGGCAAUUUCACGUUUUCCAUGAAAACUCACACUUUUACUCAUGUGGUAACAUAAUUGCACAAGGUUUUCUAAUCAUCAAUUAUCCUUUCAACACCAUUAGCUAACACAAUGUAGCAUUAGAGCACAGGAGUGAUGGUUGCUGGAAAUGUUCCUCUGUACCCCUAUGGAGAUAUUCCAUUAAAAAUCAGCCGUUUCCAGCUAGAAUAGUCAUUUACCACAUUAACAAUUUCUAGACUGGAUUCAUUUAAUGUUAUCUUCAUUGAAAAAAAAUGCUUUUCUUUCAAAAAUAAGGACAUUUCAAAGUGACCCCAAACUUUUGAACUGUAGUGUAAGUGAUGGAGCCUCCUUGGCUCUCCAUACUUUUAUGCUCAUUUUUUAUCCUGAAAGUUUCUACACGGAGGUUAUAUGUUGUUGCCACUGUCCAUAUUGUUGCAAUUUUUUUCUGAUACUUUAUUGCAAAGUUUUUUUUGUUGUUGUUGUUUUUUUUCCCACAUAUUUGUUUCUUUGUGCUGUUUGGUUGUCUACUGUUCUGUUUGAUGGAUACUGGUACUUCUGUCUGAUGACAAAUAUUAACAUCAACUCGACUGGAAUUCCUUCCAAGCAAUAGCUGGCCCAGGAAGAGAAAGUAUAAGAAUGCAUCACUGGUAAGUGACAGCUGACAGCGAAAAAAAAUAUGAAUCAUGAUUGAAAAGUGGGUUGUCAGAAUUCCUCCAUCACAUCACUGCAAUGGCAAGAAAAUGUAAGUUAACACUUGAAGCACUGGAAUUAUCUGCAUUCAUGAAUAAAUUUGUCUUGAAACCUG